AUGUGGAGGCUCUCUCGAUCGAUCAUCAGACCCACGUCCAUCACCUUCCGGCUCGCCACUGUCGGGCGCGUCGAAGCACUCGGAGCAGGCUCUCGACGCCUGCCGCCUUGCCUAUCAUGGCCCGAAAACGGACUGAGGCGCUUUGGGAGCGCUAGCAGGAUCUACCAGGAAGCCGUAGCAGCUGCAGAUACUUCAGCCGACACCGUACCAGUUGCGUUGUCAGCAAAGACUGGUCUCGACUUUGCGAAGGCUCUUCCAGUGGUGUGUCCAGGAUGCGGAGCUCUCAGUCAAACUGUCGAGCCGGACGCGCCAGGCUUCUACAGGCCCAAGCAACGCAGAGCAAAGAAAUUGCAGAGACAGCAGGAAGAUGCGAUCUAUCAGCAGGCCAUGGCCAGGUUGGCGCCCUCUGAUGGGGUCCAACCUGGCGUGAAGGCGUUAGAACAGCCCGAACAGCCAGAGGAGACGCCAACGAUCUGCAAUCGCUGUCAUGAUCUCCUCUACCAAUCGAAAGGCCACUCCAUCCUCCAUCCUGCGAUGGAGUCCAUACGGGACAUCAUUGAGUCCAGCCCGCACAGAUACAAUCAUAUCUACCAUGUUCUGGACGCCGCCGACUUUCCCAUGUCGCUCAUCCCGAAUCUCAUGACUUCCCUCGAGCUCCCGAGGCUUCGGACCCAGAACCGGCGUUCGAAAGCCAGAAGUUUCGUCAACGGACGCGUGGCUGACGUAUCGUUCAUCAUUGCCAGGUCGGAUCUGUUGGCGCCCCAGAAAGAGCAAGUAGAUCGAAUGAUGCCGCAAUUGCAAGAGAUACUAAGGGACGCGCUGGGACGAAGUGGUCGGAGGGUGCGGCUGGGGAACGUGAAAUGUGUCAGUGCGAAGAGGGGCUGGUGGACGCCGAUGGUCAAGCAAGAGAUUUGGAGAAGAGGAGGGGCUGGCUGGGUCGUAGGCAAGGUCAAUGUAGGCAAAAGUGCUCUGUUUGAGGUCGUGUUUCCGAAGGGGAAGAGUCAAACCGGAGUAGAAGAUGCACGGAUCAAGGCAUUGCGAGAAGCUGGUUCGACUGAUGAGGAAAUUGAGAACGCAAGGGUUGCGAACGAGGUCUUUGACGGGGCUAGAAGCGUGAUUCUACCUGACCCGGUAUCCCGUGACGCUGGGCUCGAGGCCCUGAAUGAGCCGCUGAAGACCGCUAUAGAGGAUCAGCAGGAUGCGCAAGAUGCUCUCUUUCCGAACGAGCAUCGUGAAUUCGAUCAAGAGGAGAUCUUGGAGGAUGAUGAUGAUGGUGAUGAUUCGUCGGAACUCCUACCACCUGCUCAGCCUGAGACGCAAUACCCGCAGAUGCCCGUUGUCUCUGCAUUGCCCGGAACUACAGCUUCGCCAAUUCGCAUACCAUACGGCAACGGUAGAGGCGAGCUAAUAGAUCUCCCUGGGAUCCAGCGUAGCUCACUGGAAACCCACGUGCGGCCCGAGCAUAGGUCUUCGCUCGUGAUGAAGAGUCGAGUGGUUCCAGAGCAGCACACGAUCAAGCCAGGAGGUUCGUUGCUCAUUGGUGGGAUCAUACGGAUCACACCGAAAACUGAGGAUCUGAUCUUCCUUGCUUGUCCGUUCACUCCAUUGCGACCCCAUGUGAGCAGCACGCAAAAGGCCAAUGCCAUCCAAACUGGCACCCAGGAAGACGGCACAGCCUACACCGGCUCGGUGGAGAACAUUGCUACCGAUGCGGCCAAGUCCCGGAUGAGGAGCGCCGGCACAUUCAGACUGGAGUGGGACGUUACCAAGAUCCGCGCUGGGCCUGUGACAGACAAGACAGCGGGUAAACAGAAAGCCGAAAACUUACCGUACAUUGUCUAUGGCGCCGACAUAUUAAUCGAGGGCGUCGGCUGGGUAGAAUUGACGUGUCAGGUACGGAACCGACGCCAGAGUUUGAUAACGGAUGCUACGAGUGCACACGUCAGCGCCGACGGCGAACGACAAGCCGACAGCAGGCCUGAAGUCGAGGUCUUCACUCCAAAGGGCAAAUUCAUCGGUGUCAGGAGGCCAUUAAACGCCUGGCUUGCUGGCGGCCCCAAGAAGGUCGCUAAACACAAAGAGCGAUCUCGGCCACGAGCCACAAUUUCGAUGCAUCGGCGAAGGGAAGGUGGAAGAUGA